AUGUAUGAUGUUAACGAUAUGGUUUUAGCGAGAAGUACAUUGGCCAUGUAUCGGCUGCAUUUCGCUAUCAUUCUCACGCUCGGAUAUAAAACAUCAUGUGCUACAGGCGACAAUACAGUGAGCACUUUAGGAGAGUCUCAAAACUACAUGAAUGGAAACACCCUCAUGAAAGUCACGAUUACUUACGCGAUCAAGGUAAACUCGAAAGAGCCCACAGCGACUCGAGCACCAUGCCUAGGUGACAGUCAAUUCUAUCGGAACCCCAGGACGGCCCAGCACUUGCUAUGGACAGCGGCCGAGUGCUCAAAGUAUUAUCUUUGCUUAGAUGAAGAAGUAUUUGAGUUCAAAUGCUCGCAAGGAUUGCUGUUCGACGUUACCCGUCAGAUCUGCGACUUCAAGACCAACAUAGACAAUUGCGACGUAAUACUAGCCGACGAAGAGCCGACAAAGCCACAGGCCGAAAAUGGAAGUUGCGACGAAGGCAGCACGGCUUGCGGCGACGGCAGCUGCCUCGCGACUCACUACUUCUGCGACGGUAACCCAGACUGCCCGGACGCAUCUGACGAGGCCUGGUGCGAAAAUCGAAGCGACGUCAACGGGGCUCUGCCCUGCGACAGGAGCCGCUGCAAACUUCCGCACUGCUGGUGCUCGGAGGAUGGCACCGAUAUACCGGGGAAUCUGACCUCGCCCGAAAUACCACAGAUGAUCACUUUGAGCUUCGAGGAUGCCGUGAAUCCGGACAAUUUCGAUUCCUUCAUCAAAAUGUUCACGGACGAUCGGAAAAAUCCGAACGGCUGCCCGAUAAGAGCCACUUUUUUUGUUAGCCAUCAAUACACGAAUUAUAGAGAUGUGCAGCAUUUGUGGAAUCUUGGCCACGAAAUUGCUAUUCAUUCAGUAACGCAUCGGGGACCCGAGGAUUGGUGGAUGCAAAACGCCACCGUCGAAGACUGGUUCGAUGAAAUGGUCGGAGAAGCCAACAUUAUUAACAGAUUUGCAGGGGUGCGAAUGCAAGAUAUUAAAGGUAUGAGAGUUCCUUAUCUCAGGGUUGGAUGGAAUCGUCAAUUUUUGAUGAUGACUGAGUUCGGUUUCGUGUAUGACUCAAGCAUAGUUGCGCCGCCAUCCAGUCACCCCAUUUGGCCUUACACUUUGGAUUAUCAGGCUCCGCAUGUGUGUGCCGAAACGGGACAAAUGUGUCCAACUAGAUCGUAUCCAGGAAUUUGGGAAAUUCCUAUUAAUCCUCUUCUUGUAGGGGAUCAAAAUUGUCAAACAUUUGAGUCAUGUUCAAUGGAUUUAACAGAAGAUGAAAUUUAUGGCACUUUGAUGAAUAAUUUUAAAAUGCAUUAUUCAAGUAAUCGAGCACCUUUGGGUUUACAUUUCUCAACUGCAUGGAUAAAAAAUUCCAAGAACUUUUUAGCACUAUCGAAAUUUGUUGAGGAUGUGUUACGCCUGCCAGAUGUUUAUUUCGUAACGAACCAACAGAUUCUUGAAUGGAUGAGACAUCCAAGGAAAUUAGAAAGCUUACGAGCUUUUGGCCCAUGGCACUGUUACAAUAAAAAACUUGAUACCCAUGAAAUAGCCUGUGAUUUGCCAAAUUUAUGUAAAUUACCUAGCAGAGUACUCAAGACUCAUAGAUACUUACAAACAUGUUUCGAUUGUCCUAAGCAGUAUCCUUGGUUGAGAAACGAGUUUGGACACGAAUAA